UUGGGUGGGGAGGCGGGGGGCGGAAAUCCUAACCAAGCAUAACCUACAUUUUUCAGGAACGUUUGGAAGAUUGUUUGGAUUUAAACGGCCCAGCCGUAACGAAGCCUUAAAAUGCCCGGCAAGCCUCCUUUCCCUGUAUAAUGUAUUACUCUCAUAUCUCAUCUUCUAGUCUGAACCAGAUUAAGCGGAUAACAUAAUUGAAAUUACCGGAUCUUCUUUGGCAUUGCAUUGUUCGGUUCAUUAACCACGCUUGUAAGUACAGUACCUCCUUCUGAGUACGCAGCUCCGUGUCGUUUUGGCGGGCACGUGACAUGGCGAACCUCGUGUGGGUUGGCAUUUUCAUAGGACUUGCUUUUAGCGAAUGGGUUAAUGGGUUCGCCGACUAUCACCUCAACGAAACAGAGCUGUCUUUGUUGGAGGCUCAUGAAGCAUCCUUGGUUGGCCCCAAUCCCCUGCUCGUAGGACUUACCCUCAUUCAUGGUGCUGCUGCUAAAGGAGCAGUCUGUUUGGAUGGAACAUUACCUGGUUAUCAUUUGCAUCGAGGAUAUGGAUCCGGAACAAACAGCUGGCUCAUUCACUUGGAGGGAGGUGGUUGGUGUAGUAGUGUUAGAUCAUGUGUUUUCCGGAAGACAACGAGACGUGGAUCGUCGAAUUUCAUGGAACAGGAACUCCUUUUUACGGGAAUAUUAAGCAAUAAUGCUGAACAAAAUCCAGAUUUUUUCAACUGGAACAGGGUGAGGCUUCGUUAUUGUGAUGGUGGUUCUUUCACCGGGGAUAGUGAAAACAAGAAUGCUACGCUGAAAUUUAGAGGACAACGCAUUUGGUUGGCCGCAAUGGAAGAUUUGCUGUUAAAUGGAAUGCGUCACGCCAAGCAGGCCAUUCUUUCUGGAUGCUCAGCUGGUGGUCUGGCUGCUAUUAUACACUGUGAUAAAUUUCAUGGUCUAUUUCCGAGUACUACUAGAGUGAAAUGUUUGAGUGAUGCUGGGUUAUUUCUUGAUGUGGCUGACGUCUCAGGUCGUCGUACUCUCAGAAAUCUAUAUGGUGGUGUUGUAGGAUUGCAGGGGAUGCGUAAGAAUCUGCCACGCAUUUGUACCAGCAGCCUUGAUCCCACUUCAUGUUUCUUCCCUCAGAACUUGAUUGCCAGUGUUAGAACCCCACUAUUCAUUCUCAAUGCUGCCUAUGAUACGUGGCAGAUACAAUCCAGCAUCGCUCCUCCAUCAGCAGAUCCCCAUGGCUAUUGGCAUCAUUGCAGAUUAAACCAUGAUAAAUGUACUAGAAAUCAGAUCAACUUUCUGCAAGGAUUCAGAAAUCACAUGUUGGAUGCCAUUGAAGACUUCUCAAGAUCAAGUCAUAACGGAUUGUUUAUAAAUUCUUGUUUUUCUCACUGCCAAACCGAGAGGCAGGAUACAUGGUUUGCCCAUAAUUCUCCUGUCAUUGGGAAAAAGGCAAUUGCUGAGGCCGUCGGAGAUUGGUAUUUUGAACGAGCAGGUGUGAAGGCCAUUGAUUGUGCUUACCCUUGCGAUCAGACAUGCCACCAUCUGGUUUUCGAAUGAGUCUGCCCUCAAUUUCACUCAUCUUAUCAGUUUCCACCACUUCAAUUCAGCCAUUGAACUCGGAGCAUGCCAUUCGUUCAAAGUCUACGGCACAAUGUAUUAAUAGAUAAAUAAAUAAAAGGGUCGAUGAUCAGUGCAAAUUCUGUCAGUCAACUUACAGCAUAAUUGGUGAAAGCUAUUUUAUUACUUACUUCAGUCAAUGCUGAAGCAGCAAAUGCCCUGCAUUUCUUAAAUAUUAUUUUCCAAGUGGGGAGUUACAUUUUCUGUUUACUUAUAUGAACCCGGGGGCUUGGAUGUGACCCCAUGUCUUUAUCACUUGUUUUUAGCAGCUAUAUCAAGGUUAUCCCAUUGCGAAAAAAGUGACUUUUACUCGUGAGUUACCACUACGAGUUAGACCAUGUAUCCAGGCAUAUUUAUUUAUUUCAUGUAUCUUGAAUGUCGAUGACGUUGUAGUAUUAUUUAAUAUAUAAUGGGGUGUUCUUACCCAUUAUUAUUAUUA